AUGUCGCGUUACAAGCGUAAAGGGGCCAAUUCAGCUAAGAGGGGACCGCCCGCCAAGUGGGCUAACAACCAAAAUGGUGUGAAGCGAGAUGAAAUUUUCCCGGGUUUAACCUUGGUGAACUUUGAUCGACUAAGUGACAGUGACGAGCCAUUCAUUCUAGCAUCACUAGCUAAGCAAGUUUUUUAUGUGGUUGACAAUAUUGAUCCUAGAUGGCGUGUUGUUGCCCAAGGAAAAAGACAUAUUUUGGGUAUUGAUGAUGUUGUAGAUGAAGAUGAGUAUGAUGAGUAUGAUGACACACCUCCGUUACCAAUGGUUGUUCAACCAUUGCCAGAAGAGGAGGAUGCAAAUAAUACUAAUCAUAUGCGUACAGAUCAUACGGAAGGAAUAUGGGUGAGGACCGUAGCUACCAUGGAUGAUCAUCGUGAUAAUGAAAUACAGGGAAUUGAUGGAGCUAGUCAUCCUACGGGGGAAUCACAAGGUACCAACACUAGUAAAAAGACCAAAUUCCGUGGUCCGUCAAAAGGAGUUCAAGCCAAAAAGCCUAUGCAUCUUCAGUAUAAUCAAUAUGGAAUCCCCGAUGGAGAAUGGUCAGGAGAAUACGGGAAGCAAGUUCGGUCUUGUGCUGCUAGAAUUAACAUUAAUGUGAAAGAAUAUUCAACGUUAGAUGAACACACAAAGAAGGGGUUUUGGGAGGAGACCAAGCUUCUGUUCCACAUUAUUGAUGAUCCGGCUAAAAGGAGAGAAAAAUAUUUUCAUAUGUGUGUGGCGAAACGCUUUGGAGCUUUCAAGUCCAGGUUAACGCGGCGUUGGAUAACUAAGAAAGAAAAAAUGCCGAAACAUCAGACAAAUGACAUGCCUUGGGACAUCUACCAUCAAAUCACAGAGGAUGAUUGGAAAACAUUUGUGAUGGAACGAAACAAGCCGGAGAUGUUGGUUCGUAGAGAAAAAGCAAGUAAAAGUGCAUUACAAAACAAGCACCCACAUCGCACAGGCCAAAAGGGUUAUGUUAGAAAGAGACCAGAGUGGAUAAAUGAUGGGCGACUACCGCCAGAGGCAGCUUUAACCCUCUCAAGUGGCUCCUCCUCAGUGACCUCAUCACUCACCACAGCGCCAGAUAGAUUUAAGAAGUUUAGAUCAGUAGAGUGGAUCUUGGCUCAUCAAGUUAAAAACAAAGAGGGAAAGUGGGAAGUUGACCCGAAUGAUAAAGAAGCCGUAAAUAUUGCUAAGAUGGCUUUGGAGUACAUAGAAGAAGAGGGAAAAGGAAAUAUUUCAUUCACCCAGGGAGAAGAUGCCCUCACCAAGGCUAUGGGAAAAAAGGAUCACCGUGGGCGUGUCAAGGCAACAGGUGGAGUUAAUGUCGGUUACAAAGUUGCUUUCGGUCCAAUAGACCGAAGUAGUAGAUGUGGCCAUAUUGAACCAUCACCGGAGGCUAUCGAAUCAAUCAGAGCUUCGGUGAGAAGGGAGUUUGAAGAUCAAUUAGAGAGAAAGGUGGCGGAGGCCCUCCAAAACCAACUAGCCACAUUGAAAGCAACCGGUCAACUAAACACCCUCUCUACCCCCGCACUUGAUUCUACUCUUGUAAGUGAUGAGUUUGAUGUUAACCGUGCACUCGUAACUUGUUGUCCGAGUUCAUCGCAGCAACCACGCGAGCUGAAGGCCAUAACUCCAUGUCGUCUUGCCCUUGAGGAUAAAGUUUUGGGUAACAAAGUGAUAGUGGCAGAUGGUAUGGCGUACCCAUUGGAUGGUUCGUUGGACCAACACUUUAGAUCGAUGAAGCCUAGUCAUUAUAAGGUCCAAGUUGAUUGUAUUUACGACGGACAUGAUGAUGACACUCUUCCGGUACCUACUGGAGAUGGAUUCAAUAACUUAGGCAGGGCUCUUGCUAGUUUUGUGCAAUGGCCAAUUCACUUGGUGAUUUUCGAAGAAGACGAGGAGUACUCUACUCCACGCCCAACAAAGAAGUCCAGGAGUCAGAUUUUUGAAGAGGUGGUUGGUAGCUCCAAAGAGAAGAAAAACGAAUUAAUUGUCAAAGAGAAGACAACAGAAUUAGUUUUCAAAGAUAAGACAACAGAAUUAAUUGUCAAAGAGAAGGCAACACUUGAUUUAGGGUCCAAAGAGAAGACAACACUGAAGUUAACGGCCAAGGUAAACCAUAUGCUUCCCACUCCCCUGUGCUUCAACACUGAAAUCAAAACUGAACUUUUCAUGCUAGCUUAA